AUGGACGACGUAAAAGACAAAAUGAAAGGCUUCAUGAAGAAAGUCAAUAACCCUUUCUCAUCUUCAUCCUCUGGCAAAUUCAAAGGCCAAGGUAGAACCCUAGGCUCAUCAUCAUCAUCAUCGUCAUCAUCUACACCGCCAAAUUCCAUUUCUACCCCUCGUCCUUCUCCUUCUCAGAAUCCCAAUCCUAUUUCUAACCCUAAACCCAAACCCGAACCCAAACCCAAACCCGGACCUACUCUACCUGUUGCUUCCGAUGAUAGCAGAACCGAAAAAGCUCGUAAACCUGGAGAUGGAUUUGAUCCGUUUGAUUCUUUGGUUACUUCAUCUCAGAGAUCUCGAAACGGUUAUACAGUCAACGUAUAUGAAUGUCCGAUUUGUAAUACUCCCUUUAGAUCUGAAGAUGAGGUUUCUGAACAUGUUGUAAGUUGUUUGAGUAAUAGAGUUGAAAAUAUUGAUGAUGGAAAAUUGGUGGAGAGUGAAGAAGUUGUUGAUGAGAGUCAUACUGAAUUGGAGAUUUGUGUUGGGAGUUAUGUUUCCGGGAACCCGUCUCACGGAUCGGUUGAUAUUGUUUUGAAGUUGUUGGGGAAUAUUGUGAAGGACCCGGGGAAUGUUAAGUUUAGGAAGAUUAGGUUGAGUAAUCCGAAGAUUAAGGAGGCUGUUGCUGAGGUUAGUGGUGGGGUUGAGUUGUUAGGCUUUUUGGGAUUUGAGCUUAAGGAGGAGAAUGGAGAGACUUGGGCGGUGAUGGAGGUUCCCAACGAGGAGAAGAUAGGGUUGAUUAAGAAAGUGAUUGUCUUGUUGGAACUACAGUUCGUAAAGGAUCCUCCAGUGUCUACAACUUCUGUUCAGAAAGUAGCCGAUGCCGAACCAAAAAAGAUCGAUAGACAGGUAAAGGUCUUCUUUGCUGUCUCUGAAAGCGUUGCAGCUAAAAUUGAGCUACCGGAUUCUUUCUACAAACGAUCAGCUGAUGAGGUGAGAAGAGAUGCUGAAUUAAGGAGAAAAAAGUUUGAAGAGUCUCAGCUUUUAAUCCCCAAGUCCCUUAAAGAAAAACAAGCUAAAGCUGCGAAGAGGCGAUACACAAGAACUAUUAUUAGGAUUCAGUUUCCAGAUGGAAUUGUACUUCAAGGCGUAUUUGCUCCAUGGGAACCAACUACUGCUUUGUAUGAGUUUGUCAGCUCUGCAUUAAAAGAACAAGGUUUGGAAUUCGAGCUAAUGCAUCCUGUAGUCGUUCUACGGCGAGUUAUCCCAUGUUUUCCAAAAGCAGGGCAAAAAGCCAAAACAAUAGAGGAAGAAGAGUUGGUACCUUCGGCUCUAAUCAAGUUCAAGCCCCUAGAAACAGAUUCUGUUGUUUUCACUAGUCUCAAAAAUGAAUUGCUUGAAAUCAGUGAACCACUUGUAAAUGGUUAA